UUUGUGUCCAGCCCUAAUUGCAUUCAGAAGUUACUUAAGUAGUAAAUAGAAUCCAUCUUUGCGUAACCUAAUCUUAGUCUAAAUUCAGCUGUUCUGUGAAGGCCUCAGAGGUUUGUUAGAGGACAUCAUGGAGCAGAGCAGACAGGUCAGGGAGAAGGUUGUGGAGAGGUUUAAAGCAGGGUUAGGUUCUACAACAAUAACCCCAGCCUAGAACAUUUGACAGAACUCUGUUUAAUCCGUCAUCUGAACUUGGAAAGAGGAUGUGGCAACUGUAGACCUACCAAGACGUGGAUGUCCACCUAAACUGACAUUCCAGGCAAAGAGAGGGUUAAGAAGGGAAGCAGCCAAGAUGGUUAUGAAAAUUCUGAAGGGCAGUUCAGAAAUGCACAGCUCAGGACCUCCACUCAGCCACUUCUGCUUUAGAAACAAACUCUUCAGCCUUGAGGCGAUCACCGGUAAAUGGGACGGUUGCAUCCGACUUCACGUCUGCCAGGAUAGAGAAGUCACAAAACGACCUAUUGAGCCAAAGCCUUAACCAGUCGUCUGUAUCCACGAAGGAAUCUAGUCAAUCAUCCUCAAGAACAGUUCCUGACAGCCAGGAUCUAGACAGCAAUACACAAAAUGACACCCAUCCAUCCCUUCAGUCAUUAACAGAGAAUAGACAAUCUAACCAUUCCCAAACCACCACAGUACCAACCACGCGAUCAGUUACAACCAUACAAUUACAGCUCAACACAACCUCACCUAAUCUAUUACCAACUAAGACUGCACAACUGGAUGAAUCACAAACAGACCUAUCAGCAAUCCAACCCACAACAACUAGUCAAUCAAUAAAAAAGAUGGAGCAGACCCGCAAAUCAUCACGUAGCACUAAACCGCCCAGUCAAUCUUUAACUGAGACUGCACCAUCAAACCAAUUACAAACCAAAUCUGGUCAGUCAACUACUUUAAUUGCACAGUACAGCCAGUCAGAAGUUAGCCCAGUACCACUCACUCAACAAAAGAGGGCAACAGCAUCAACCAGCCAAACAACUAAACCAGUCCAAUCCCAAACCAACCUAGCAUCAGCCAGUCAGUCACCAACAACCAGCCAGUCUCAAGACAUCAUGGGACAAGCAAGUCAAUCAGGACGCACCACAGAGAAGAUCAGUCACUCACCAAGCAACACAAUUUCAGCUGAUUCAUCAUCAACAACAGCUUCACCAUUCAGCUAUUCAGAUGUCAGCCCAGUACCACCAUUUGAACAACGGUCCACAACAGCAUUAAUCAGCCAAACGACUGAGACAACUCAGGCAGAGGAAAACCAAACCGAUCUAGUUUCAAGUAUCCAGUCACAAACAACCACCCAGUCAAUAAUAAGUAUGGAACUAACUAGUCAAUCAGCAGGCACCACAACAGAAAUUAAGUCAACUAGCAGCACAACUUUGUCUGGUAAAGCACCAACUGAGACUGUAAAAACCAGCCAAUCAGAGGUCAAACAACUGACAACCACAACAUCUACCAGCCAAUCAACAGACAGCUCACUGCAAACAAGCAUGUCAAUGUCAACCACAGAACCAUCUAGCCAACUGUCAACCACUGAAGUGAUUUCAGAACAACAAACAACCACUGUUAUGUCAGUUAGUCAAACAUCUGACAUUACAGAAUACCAACCACCAUAUUGGACAAGUAAAGAAAACCAAACACCCAAUAACAUGACACCACCCAGUUGGAUGCACAACAAAGGUGGACCAUCUAGCCAACCACCAGCCGCCAAAGCAUCAGCCAAUCAAUCACCCAUCACAACAACCCGAAACAGCAAAUCAACAACUUCCAGAGAACAAGCAAACCAGUUGUCAACCAACAGUGCAUCAGUCAAUAAAGGAACGGGUGUUGUUACAAUGCCAACUGGACAAACACCAAGUAGCGCAGCAGUAGAAAGGCAGGCCCUAGAUAGAUUAACACAAACCAGCCAGUCUCCAACUACUGCAGCCCCACCUAAUCAGUCUCUAACCACACCAGUAAUGUCCAAAUCAUCUGAAAGUAACACACCAUCCAGUUCAAGGCCAACCAAAACAACAGAUCUCAAACAAUCCCAAUCACCACACAGUGCAACUGCACCAGUUCAACUUGUAAAAAAGACAAAGCACUCUAGUCAGCAAAUAGAGAGUACAAUAACACCUAAAAAGUCAUUAGGCAGUUCCCCAAAAGAAAAACAAAAACCUGCUAAAGCACCAUCCAGAAAGUCAGCACCUAAAAAGACAGGGUCUAACCAUACACCAAUAAGCACAACAAAAUCUGGACUAUCAUUGAAGAGCACAGAGCCUGUUAGCCAAACACCAGUCAGUAAAUCACCUCCCAGGAUCUUAUAUUCAGUGGGAAGUACAACAAAAUCAACCCAGUUGUCAUCCAGCCAAACACCUCUGAGCCCGUCAGCAACUUCAUCAAACCCAACAAUUCAGUCCUUUCUCACAACUACAUUUGCUAAUCAAUCUCCAGCUACUUUAGUUCCAGCUGAUAAAUCAAUGACAGGUUCAGCAACUUUGCAGCACACAUCUCAAAAUCUGAUAUUGAAUAAUCAUACCCUGCUGAAGUUGGUAAACACAGACCAGUCACUGAAUGGAUCUUUAUCACCUAAGCAACUGACAUAUGGUUCAACAACAUCGGGAAACUCAGUCAGCAGAGCCUUUUCACCAAAUGAUCAUCCAGUUAAUGUCUCGCAGCUCACCAGGCAGGCAAAGGAAGCCCUGAAGUCAUUGAAACAUAGAAUUUCAGGUAAGAUUGCAAAGGUUUGGAAGAAAGUGUGA